AAUUACAGCGUCACCAAUCAUCAGAAACCACACAAAACAGAGGACCAACAAAGAGUCAUUUGCUAGUCAAUUAAGUUAAGAUGCCUUUAAAUUGUUCAAGUCUUGUAACCCAAUUGCCAUUUAUCCAAACAACAAGACGAUUAUUAAAUCCCCACCAUGUAAAAUUUCACUCCUCCUCUUCUUUGUUCAGUUUCCAACACAUCACAAUAUGCAACCAAUACAAAAACAAAACAUCCCACGUCGUUUCUUUGUCCAAGUUUGAUACAAACUAUUCUGUUUCUUCUUCAAUAAUGGAGGAGGAGGAGCAGCACGAAAGUCUCACUCUUGAUAAGUCUUUAGAGGCUAAGUACUCUAAAGAAUUGGAUGUUGCUGUGAGAGCUGUGCAGAUGGCUUGCUUUCUUUGUCAAAAAGUGCAGGAAAAUUUCAUUUCUAAGAGUAAUAAUCAGGUCCACUCUAAGGAUGAUAAUUCUCCUGUUACAGUUGCAGAUUGGAGUGUCCAAGCAACUGUUAGCUGGCUACUUUCUGAGUCAUUUGGGAGUAAAAAUGUGUCAAUCGUUGCUGAAGAAGAUGUCCAAAGUCUGUCCAAGGCUGAGGCAGCUGGCCUGUUAGAAGCUGUGGUGAAAACUGUGAAUAACUGUUUAGCUGAAGCACCACGAUUUGGGCUCCAAGGUCCACUGAUUCCCCUUGGGACCUCGGAGGUUCUUGAAGCAAUCAGUCGAUGCAACUCAAACGGGGGCCCUAAAGGAAGAUUUUGGGCACUUGAUCCUGUUGAUGGCACGUUGGGGUUUGUACGUGGAGAUCAGUAUGCUGUUGCUUUAUCAUUGAUAGAAAAUGGAGAACCUGUGGUUGGAGUUCUUGGGUGCCCCAACUACCCGAUGAGGAAAGAAUGGCUGAGUUAUCAUCACCGCUAUCACAGAAUUAUAUCCAAAUUGACCCCACCCACAUCUGAAUCUUGGGACAAAGGUUGUGUGAUGUAUGCAAGGAGAGGUAGUGGAGAGGCUUGGAUUCAGCCUUUGAUCCAAGGAAAUAAGAAGCUGGUGUGGCCAAACUCUGCAAGGCCAGUUAAUGUUUCCUCCAUAGAGAAUCCGGCACUGGCAACUUUCUGUGAACCAGUUGAGAAGUCAAAUUCAAGUCACUCCUUCACCGCAGGACUAGCUCACAGUGUUGGUGUUAGGAAGCAACCACUACGUGUAUACAGCAUGGUGAAGUAUGCAGCCAUAGGUCGCGGGGAUGCUGAAAUAUUUAUGAAGUUUGCAAGGUCUGGAUACAAGGAGAAGAUAUGGGAUCAUGCAGCCGGCGCUGUUAUCAUCGAAGAAGCUGGAGGUGUGGUGACUGAUGCAGGAGGACGUCCACUGGACUUCUCAAGGGGCAUAUACGUAGAAGGACUCGAUAGAGGCAUAAUUGCUUGUGCUGGAGCCAAACUUCAUGAAAAAAUCAUCAAGGCUGUUGAUGCUAGUUGGGACUCCUCUAGUCUAUAAACUUAUGCUUUAUAAAAUCAACAAUAACAAACCACAUUUCCAUUAUAAUGAAUUUUGUUUUGGUGUAUGUGUAUAGGCUUGUAGAAAUCAGCCUUAUUUAUAUUCUAUUUGUGUAGCAGCAGCUCUUUUGUAAAGUCUCUUAGAAUAAUGAACUGCUUAAAUGAUAGGGAUAAAUCCCUUCUUUUUUUUUUUU